UUCCUCCAAUGAGAUGCGCGGGAAAGCGCGGGCCGUGCGCCUUCUCCCCGCUUUCUUCCUGCUGAGAAGGGUUGCUACGGUGGGACCGCCGUUCGCACGCUUAGUCUUCAGAGAUAUUUUCCUCUUUGUAGAAAUCUAAAAAUUAAACAAUAGUGAUUACAUCUCUGAGAGAAAGCUACCAUGAGCACCAAACAAAGAAAAAGAACAUGGGAAGAAAAAAUGAAAGAUGUCAAAGAACUAGCAUCUAGUUAUAAAAGAAGACCUCUUUGUCCACAUUACAGACCACAGCUGUCCAAACCAUGGCAGCCAUCUUCAGUUUGGAAGCUAUUUCCUCGGCUAACUCAAGCAAUUCACUUUGCCAAGACUUGUAAAGAGGAAGUUCAUGUAUUUGCUCUGGAAAAGCAUCCUGAAAAGAAACAAAGGAUUUAUCUUGUGACAACAUAUAUAGAGCUUUGGUUUUAUUACAGCAAACAUUAUAAAACAAGUCUGAUGCAUUGCUACGAAGUUAUUCCAGAAACAGCUGUUUGCAAACUCUAUUUUGAUUUGGAAUUCUACAUUCCAACAAAUCCAGAAGCAGAUGGGAAGCAGAUGGUGACAGACUUAAUAGAGUUUGUUUGUAAGAAGUUAGAUGAAUACUAUGAAGUAAAAUGUUCAGCUGAAGAUAUUUUGAAUUUGGACUCCAGCACUGAAGAAAAAUUUAGCUCCCACUUAAUAUUUCAGCUCCACAAUGCUGCAUUUAAGAAUAAUAUUGAAUUAGGUAACUUUUUAAAAAUCAUUUUCCAACCUGCUAUUCUUUUAACUAAGAAUGAAGAUGUGGUGGUUCAAGAAAAACAGGUGGCAUCUGUUUCUCAAUGUUACAGAGCUACCACAGAUGAUGGAAAUCAGAUGAUGGCAAAAGAUGAAUCUCAAAGCUGGCAAGUGAAUGCACACAAAGAAGUGGGAAAGGAGACCUCACAUUCCAAGAAAAAUUCUGAUAUUUCAUUUUUAAUAGUAAAUGGGAAACAGAGAGGAAAGCAACUGUUUGUGGAUCUUGGAGUUUAUUCAAAGAACAGAAACUUCCGGUUAUACAAGUCAUCCAAAGCCGGAAACUGUGUCAUUUUAGAUAUUGCUGAAGAUAACAAGUUUGUUCCUAAACCUGCAAAGAAUUCUUGCAUAGAAGAACAGUAUUUUUUUUCCUCUUUGAUCUGUAAUGUAAGAUUUUCAGACGGUUUCAAAAUUUUGACUUGUGAGAACCCAAAAGAGGAAAGAGAAAAAUCUAGGCAUGUCGAUGGCAACAUUUUAACUUUUAUAGACCCCAUAGGAGGAUAUGAAUGGUCACCUUAUCCAGAAAUUGAUAACUUCGUUCUCUCUUUAGUUAAUAAAGAUAACAUCUGUGGAGGGAUAAGACGAUGGAAUUACUUUUCUCUUGAACAGCUUCUUGUAUAUGAUAUCUCCAACUAUCGCUGGUGUGAAAAUAUUGGCAGAGCUCACAAAAGUAACAAUAUAUUGAUUGUAGUAGAUUUGAAAAAUGAGCAUUGGUAUCAAAAAUGCCAUGACCCUAUUUGCAGAGCAGAAAACUUCAAGUCAGAAUGUUAUCCGUUACCAGCUGAAGUAUGCCUCCCAUUCCUUUUUGAAGAGGAUGAAGAAUGUGUCUAUAUAAUGGAUGACAAUGGGAACAUUGAAGAAAAAUCAGCAACCCAUUCUGAUCAUACAAGCUUCUCAACUGUCACAUAUUUAACUCCAGUACAAGAAAGCAGAGAGACAAAUGCUGAGAAAACUUUGAGCAUCAAAUGGGAGGAAGAGGAGGCUGGCAUUUAUUUUUUCAAAACUUCUGAAGAUGUAGAACUAGCUGAAGCUGUUGAUACUUUCCAGCUGCAGAAGAACUGGAUUGAUGAAAUACCUGAUGAGAUCUUAGUAGAUGCUUUAAUAAAACAUGAAAUUAAAGAAAUCAAAGAGUAACUAUAUGCAGUAAAUUAGACUUAGCUGAAUUAAACCAAAUUAGUCAUGGAUCCUGUUGGUGGUAGUUAGAUAAGCUAGUCCAACAGUAUUUUCUUGAGAGCUCCCUGUAAUAUUAGUUAUUCACUACAAGCAACCAACCUCUUACUAUGGUGGAUAAAGAUUGAUGAGACAGCUUGUAGAAGUAUUCACAGAUUGCAGCAGUGAUUUCUAUGCCCAAAAGUACGGGUUUCAUUAAAUAUCAAGAUACCCAUUAUGGAAACGGGAUUGUUUUUAAUUUGGAAGAAGCUUAGCACAAUGAGGGAUUCAAAUGAAUAAAUUACCACAGUGUAGAAGACAUACUUAAUGAAUUCUGUUCAGAGAACUACAUGUAUUUUUAAAAUGGAAGAAAUAGUUCCAAUACUGCAGUAAUCCAGUAGUAUUUAUAGCCAUGGUUCAAGUCUUAUUCAAAAAACCUAUGUUUACUGUUUUGCAUAAAAUGUAGGAUUGCAGAAUUAAGCAGUGUCUUCAUUUUAGCUUUUUUAAAAACUUUGUCAUAAUUAGCAUCAGAAUUAAAACAUAAUUGAUGUAGAUCCAGUUUGCACAAUUGUAGAGUAACUAAUUAGCCAUUGUGGCUUGUUAGACACUCUGACCAUUCCAGGAGUAUUAGCAUAAUUACUUGUAGCAGCGCUGCUUGCAAUUCUGUUACUGUUUAUUAUUAUUACUGUUACUCUACUUGGCAUAUGCUUGGGGGGCAAUAGCUAUUACGGUUCAUUUUGCCUGCAGUGAGUGCUCAAACGGAACCCUAAUCCUAAUAUAGCAAAUAAAUUACUACUACUAUAAUGUUCAGAGGCUAUUUCUUUCUUUUGCAUCCAUUUCAUAACAAGGAAGAGACUAGAAAGUCAGUAUUGUGGGAAAGCCAUAAAUGCCACUUUUUCCUGUGCACCAAAGUAAAGUAACUGAGCAAAUGCAUUCUGAGAUUCCGUGACUUACUAUUCCUUUGCCUCAAACCUUGUGCUAUUUGACAAAGCAGUCAUUGGUCUUUAUGCCAGUUUAGUAGAGCAAGACUAAAAUCAACAAAGUUAUGCUACAGUAUCGUAACAGAGGCAAAUCUCAAUGAAAACCACUUAAUACUUGGGUUUCCUGCUUCAAUUAUUACUAUAUGUCAAUACAUUUAAAGGGUGGCAGUGUAAAACAUGUUUAUUUUAUAUUA